AUGUCGAUUGUCUCAUUAGUACCGAAUUUUGGAACAAUCCGCACACAUAAGGAGGGAGCUGAGAAUGCAAAGUCAUUUAGAAUUUACUUUGAACAAGACGGAAAGAAGAUUUCCCCCUGGCAUAAGCUUCCCGCUUUUGUUGAUAAGAACACGGUGAAUAUGGUUUGUGAGAUCCCAAGAGGUACUAAUGCCAAGAUGGAGAUCAAUACCACGACACGAUUCAAUCCCAUCAAACAAGACUUGAACAAAGAUGGUUCUCUUCGAUUUUUGAAGCACGGGAAUGUCUUAAACCACUACGGUGCCAUUCCACAGACUUGGGAAGAUUUGUUUGAGAAAGACUCGAUCGUUGGUAUUCCGGGUGACAACGAUCCUGUAGAUAUCAUCGACAUCUCUUCUAUCAAAGCAGCGCGUGGAGAAGUCACUCAAAUCAAACCAAUCUGUGCUUUGGCUUUAUUGGAUGGCGGAGAGACCGAUUGGAAGGUCAUUGGUAUUAACGUCAAAGACCCGAACGCCAUGAUCAUCAACUCCGCUAAAGACGUCGAGAAGAUCGUUGAUGAGGUCAGAGAGUGGUAUAGAGUAUAUAAGGUUGCUGAAGGGAAGAAACUGAAUAAGUACGCGUAUGGCGGAAAGGCUUUUGGACAAAGGGAGACUAUGGACGUGAUCAACGAGUCCCACUUGCAAUACAGAAAACUCAAGAUGACUCAGAAAAAGCUUGCAAAGUUGGCGCUUGACUAA